UCUUCAUUAGACAACAUGGCAGGGCGUUUUCUCAGUGCUUUACUGUUUAUCUUGGUUCUGGGAUUUGAGCGGGGAUCCUCUUCUGUUUUGAACGACCCAGACCGGUUAAAAGGAGACACCUACACUACAGCAGACGUGGCGGAUGACCUUGCCGAACUGAAUCACCUGAACACGGAACUGGCGCAAGACAGCGUGUCGGCCGACGUUUGUAAAGAGAUCAAAGAUGAAUUCAAAGCCGUGGAGAAAAAAUCCAUGGCUGAAGCCAAAAAAGAAAAACACGAUAGCCAAGCAGCAUCUAGAACAAGUCUGAGAAAAAGCUUCCAGAUAUUACAACAUGGUAAAAGAUCAGUGGUGGACGACUCGAAAGUGCUGAGGUCGUUACAGAAUGAAGCUUGUGUCAAAUGCGCCAUACGAGACAUUUGUAAGACGAGGAAGGUUUUGAACCUUCUAGGAAUACCUUUGAAGAUGAGAAGGAAAGAAAGAGAAAGCAAAUGCAGGAGGAAGGUUCUUGAAUGUUUGGAACACCGACCGUUAGGUGACAUUGAAUGUCCACAUAAGUCUGAGGCCCGUUUCCGAACAAUUGAUGGAACUUGCAAUAAUGUGGAUCAACCCUUUUUUGGAGCAGCUGGUACUCCAUUCAGACGAGUACAACCAGCUGAUUAUGCAGAUGAGGUCUCGGCACCUCGCGUGGCACAAAGUGGAGACAAGUUACCCAACGCGAGAGACGUGAGUCGUUUCGUCCAUGGCAGCAAUGCAGACCGCCGAAACCCUAAUUCUCCAUGGCUGACCCACCUGGCCAUGAAUUGGGGUCAGUUCCUGGACCAUGACUUAACGCUGGCGGAAGCUCAAGGAGUUACUUGUGAAACUGUUCCCUCUACUGAGCCAGAGUGUUUCAACGUUGAAGUUCCGGCCGAUGAUGACGUCUUCCAAAGCAGGGAUGUUAGAUUCUUUGAAGUGAUUCGAGAUGCUCCCCAUGAGUUUAAACCAGAGUGUUCACCAGGACCAAGAGAGCACACCAACAUAAUAACAGCUUACAUCGACGGCUCCAACGUUUACGGCUCUGACGAGGAGGAGGCUGAACACCUUCGAGCACCCGACGGGACAAUGAGAAUUAUGAAACCUCGUCACGGCUGCCCCUUGGGGGAUUUUUUACCUGCACAAACAGAUCCUGAGAUACCAUGCGUGUCAAAAGAUCCUAACAGACCUUGUUUCGUAGCCGGAGACGAGCGCGCGAACGAGAAUCAAGGUCUCAUGUCAGUUCAUACUCUCUUCGUCCGGGAGCAUAACCGAAUAGCAACAUUUUUUGGCGAAAACUCAGAAUGGAAAGAGGAGCGGAUUUACCAGGAGACCAGGAGAAUAGUUGGGGCGGAAUUACAAUUCAUUACAUAUGAAGUCCCAGUACCAGUCAGUCCACGACGUCGAUCUUUUCGUUGGAGGAAUGCUGGAGCCUGCAGAUGCCGAGGGAGGAGCACUAGGGAAAACUUUUCAGUGUAUAUUAACCGAGCAGUUCAAACGCCUACGAGAGGGUGACCGCUUCUGGCAUGAAAACGCACCAAACCGAAGCCUGGACACCGAUAAAACAGCUUUUACGCAAUGCCAGCUGCAAGAAAUAAGAAAGGUUACAUUGGCCAAGAUAAUCUGCGACAAUGCUGAGAGCAUUCCUUCUAUCCCCAGGAGGGUGUUGCAACAAUCAAAGAUAUUCGUCGAUUGUAAUAAGCUGCCCGAAAUGAACCUGGAUGUGUUUACACCAGAUUUCAAAUGUCGGCAGAUAAAACCACCGUACGGCGAUUUUCUUUCCAUAGGAAAACUCGAUAAAAUAAGAGAAAGAUUCAUGAUCGAAGAGAGAGAAGUCGGGGAUAAAACUGCAAAUCUAAUUGUAGUUUUCAGUCACUAUGCCACAUCGAACAUGGUGGGCCAUAUCCACAGUGGAUUGGUCCUAUUACUGAUCCUCGGUUUGGGGAUGACGUCUUCUUACAUUAUUGAUGACCCAUACCCGUCCAACAAAGAAAUGGAAACAGUGGAGGACAUGACAGAUGAGAUGACAAAGUUAGACGAAAUCAGCGCACGGGGCAUAGACAAAAAACGAGAACAACAGUUAGAAAAGCGAGACGCUAAGACAAUAGUUGAAACGAAAGCUGACGCUCUUAGAAAAGGAUGCCAAGAUGAGGCCGAAAAAAAGUAUGAUGAAAAAAUGCUGGCGGAAAAAGAAGAAGGGAAGAAAAAUGCCCUACUUAAACACUACAUAUCACUACAGCAUGGGGAAAAAUCUCGCCAAGAAGGUGAAGAGUGGCUUCAGUCAAAACAAAGUGAAUUUAUUACUGUUUGCCUUGUAAGACAACUUUGUGAAGACCAAGGAGUCCUUGCAGCACUUGGACUUUCUCCGAGUAGUGAAAAGAAGGACUGCGCAUUGAACAUUUUUAGGUUAUUUGAAGGCGACGUACACCCUGAUGAAAACAUAAGGUGCAAUCCAAACGCUCGUUUCCGAACAGCCGACGGAACUUGUAACAAUUUGGAUAAUCCUAGACAAGGAGCAGCAGGUGAUCAAUUUCAGCGCCUGGCGGAAAAUGACUACGCAGAUGGCAUCUUGGAACUUCGCGUAGCAAAGGAUGGCUCAGAGUUACCGAACGCGAGGACAGUGAGUUUGGAAGUCCACGGAAGUAACGCAGACCGAACCAAUCCUGAUUCUAUGGUGCUCACCCACUUGACAAUGAACUGGGGACAGUUUAUGGAUCAUGACCUCACGCUAGCAGAGUUUCCGGGUAUUAACUGUGAACCUCCAACCAAAGACCCUGAGUGUAUCAACAUUGAAAUUCCAGAAAAUGAUGUCAUAUUUAGGUCUAAGGGUGUCUUUGAUAUUGAAAUGGAGCGAGACUCUGCUCACGUACCAGAAGAGCUUGGCAAACUUGCUCCACGAGAACACACCAACAGUAUUACAGCCUACAUUGAUGCAUCCAAUGUGUAUGGCUCAAGCGAGGAGGAGGAGGAUAAUCUUAGGGCCCCAGAUGGGUCAUUGAAAAUUAUGAAACCACCACACGGCUGCCCUCUGGGCGACCUAUUACCUGCAGCUUUCCCCGAAACGUUUUGCGAGUCUGUAGAUCCAAACACACCUUGCUUUUUGGCAGGAGACGAGCGCGUAAACGAAAAUCAAGGUCUCAUGUCAGUUCACACUCUGCUUGUUCGUGAGCACAAUCGAAUCGCAGCUUUCUUCAGUAAACGUACUCAGUGGAAUCCAGAGCGAAUUUACCAAGAAGCAAGGAAAAUCGUUGGCGCGAUCCUACAACACAUCACAUACAGUGAAUUCCUGCCCUUAAUUUUGAGCCCCAGGACGAGAAGAGACUUUAAUCUGAAUCUGGAAAGAGGGACAAAUUAUUUUGAAGGCUAUAGCGAGGAUGUCAACGCCCAAAUGACCCAGGCCUUCUCAACGGCUGCAUACCGCUUUGGCCACAGUUUGGUGCAAGAAGAGUUCAGACGUUUUACUCAAGAUGGCUUUGAACACAUAUGUGACAAAAAUUCAAAGGCAGAGUACCUGCCUAUCCAAGUGAGGGAUUUUGGCAAUCCAAUUUUCCUUUAUGACAAGUGUAAUGGAGCAAUUGAUUCUAUUUUUAGAGGCCUGAUGAAAAUGCCUGCUGCAAAAAUAGAUGGGCGUUUUUCCAGCGCGGUGCAAGAACACCUGUCGCGAGGUGAGGGCGAUAUCGCCGAUCUCAUUUCCCUCAACAACCAAAGAGGUCGUGAACAUGGUGUUCCUGGCUACACAGUGUAUCGUAACCUCCCUUUGUGCAACAUUGCACCAAAGGUAAAUAGUUUCGACGACCUUAAGAAAGCUGGCUUUGAUCCCAAGGACAUCAAAAACCUCAAAAAAGUGUACAAGGACGUCGAAGACAUCGAUCUUUUUACCGGAGCAAUGUUGGAACCUGAUCCCGUCAACGGAGGGCUCCUAGGGCCAACCGCUCAGUGUAUCAUAGCAGAUCAGUUCAAUCGCUCUAAAUCGGGAGAUCGCUUUUGGUAUGAAAACGCACCAGAUCCAGAAAAGAAUACCGACAACACAGCGUUUACGCGAUGCCAACUUCGCGAACUCAGAAGAGUUAGUGUGUCCAAGCUUAUCUGCGACAACAUGGACUUCAUCCCUGCAGUCCCGAGGUUUGGAUUCAUACAGUCCAAGACUCUUGUUGACUGUGAUAAGCUUCCAGAAAUGGACCUUAGAGUGUUCACAACACGCAGAUGUAAUAUCCCAGCCAGAAGUGAUAGCGUGAGUAAUGAUAGCGAGAGUGGUGAUAGCGAAGUGGAUGACUACCGCUUGAACGACGAGUUGUAAAGGUCACGCCGGUGGAACGAUGGAAACAGAAGAAAUAAAACCAUUUUUUUUGCCAUGCGUUUCACAACACAUUCAUCACAUUCACUUCAUAAUUAAGAAGAAGCAAUUUUUGUGCUGGGUUGAAUACGUUUUCUGCGCGUGUUAGAUAGCUGUAAUUUUCGCGACAAUCGUAAUGUUGUUUGUCUAAUUUAAACUUUAGGAGAAGCUUUGAGAAGCCACUUUUUCAUAAAUAUCUACCUUACCAACUCCUCAUCAUAUUUAUUUUAAAUUGGUUGCGAUUUCGAUAUCUGACUUUAGAGUUUCCAAUUAGACGUUUCAUCUUUAAAAGGAGCGUUUGCUUAGCAAAAACAAUUUCUUUAAAACGUAUUCAACCAAAUGCACACGAGAAGUAACAAUAAUUUUUAAGGCUGCUGCGUUCUUUUUUAUAACUAUUAUUUUCGCAAUAACUUUUUGGAACAAGUUCAAUUCAGUAACCGCCAGGGAAUGAGUACAUGGAUGCUUUGUAAUCAUGUUUGAAUACAUAAUAAAAUGAUGAAAAAUCUUUCAUCAUGA